CGCUAUACCAUCCAGCUGACUAAGUCCUUUUUAAACAAUAGGAACACAAAUUCUUUGGGAGUCCAUAUAGUAUAAAUAAGGCAGUAGGCUGUCGUUUCAAUGACAAGUUUGGAACAACCACAACUGCAACCAUGCACGGAAAGGUCAUCUUCUACGAGGACAGGAACUUCCAGGGGCGCUCUUAUGAGUGCAUGAGCGACUGUGCUGACAUGUCCUCCUAUCUGAGCCGCUGUCACUCUUGCAGAAUAGAGAGCGGCUGCUUCAUGAUGUAUGACCGCCCCAACUACAUGGGAAACCAGUAUUUCUUUAGGAGGGGCGAGUAUGCUGAUUACAUGUCUAUGUUUGGAAUGAGUGACUGCAUCAAGUCCUGCCGUAUGAUCCCUAUGUACAGGGGAUCCUACAGAAUGAGGAUCUAUGAGAGGGAGAACUUCAUGGGCCAGAUGUAUGAGAUGAUGGAUGACUGUGACAACAUCAUGGACCGCUAUCGCAUGUCUCACUGUAUGUCCUGCCAUGUGAUGGACGGUCACUGGCUCAUGUAUGAGCAGCCCAACUACAGAGGCAGGAUGCACUACUUCAGGCCUGGAGAGUACAGAAGCUUCAGCAAUAUGGGUGGCAUGAGAUUCAUGAGCAUGAGGCGUAUCAUUGAUUCCUAUUAUUAAAAAUGUAAUCGUACUUGUGUCACAAAAUUGGUGCUACUUUACAAUAAAGCACUUUUGAACUAAAAA